ACACGUGGCAUAGUGUCCUUUCAAAGUUUUGUUUGAUGAUAAAGUGAGGGGACCCUUUUGAGAGGCAAAUAUUAAGUUCACAUAUUUACCACCAAACUCAACUCAAAGAGCUUAUGUAACAAGACAAAUCAAAUGUGUGUCACUCACCUUUGCUUAUCUCUCAAAUCAUCCCCCCACACAAAAAUCACUUUUAGAUUAUACCCCAAAAGCACUUUUACAUUAGCUUUUUCGUGUUUUGCUUGUCGAAUAAGAAUAAUUCGAUUACUCGAAGGUUGUCCUAUACGUAUAUAUAUUGUAGGGUUCAUGUUCGUCACUGUGAAUAUAAACAAAUAUCUAGAAACCAAUUGAAAAAAAUAUCUACUAGAAAAUAAAUAAAUAAAUAUAUAUAAUGGUUCCUACAUUGCCUGCAAGAAUUCUUGUAGGAAUCCCUUUAGAUGCUGACGAAAGUAACGAGCUUCUUUCUUGGGCGAUCGGAGUUUUGAGCCGUCCGGGCGACACGGUUGUCGCAUUGCAUGUAAUUGGGGCCAUGCCGAAAAAGAAACGAAUUGAUGCUGCAAAGCAUCAAAAGCAAAUCCGUCACGCGAAAUCGUUCGUUAUAUCGAUCGUCGGAGAACUUUUCAAGACUUGCCAGUCUAACGAGGUGAAUUUGGAGGCGAGAGUUGGAAUAAGUUCGAAUGCAGGUAUAGGAUUGAUUGAGGAAGCGAAAACCACGUUAGCGGAUUAUCUUAUCAUCGGUGGCAAAACGAACCAAACAAACAGAAAACGAUCCUCGGUCUCGAAUUACUGCUUCCAGAAUGCUCCAGAAGGUUGCUCGUUAGCCCUGGUCCGACGAAGAAAUCAAGGCCUUAUAAAACAAGAAUUCGACGACGAAAAUGCAUUCUCAUCACCAAGAACUGUGCUCGAUAUUUGCGAGGGAGAUAAAGAUUCACAAAGCAAUACUGACGAAGAAAGUUCAAAUUCAGGGGAAUCAAAAAAGUCUUCAUUUAGGGCAAUUUCGUCAAUUUUCCGCCUCUCGUAUAAUCGGAGCACACGAAAGCACGACAAUGCCUCGUUUGCUAAUAAACAAAAGCAGCAGCCUUUGCUCAGUUGCUUUAGCUACCAAGAAAUCGCUACCGCCACAAAGAAUUUCCACAUCGAGAAUUUGGUGGGAAAAGGGGGUUAUUCAGAGGUUUACAGAGGUGAACUUAGUAACGGAAGAAUCGUAGCAGUGAAGCGUUUGGCUAAGGACAAUAAAAGUGCCGCAAACAAGGAAAAAGAGUUUCUAAUCGAGCUGGGAAUAAUCGGACAUGUGAAUCAUCCAAACACAGCCCAAUUGAUCGGAUGUUGCUUCGAGAAUGGGUUGUAUCUCAUCUUCAAAUUCUACCCUAAUGGAACUCUCUCUUCUGCAUUGCAUGGCCAAACAAACAAGUCACUAGAUUGGCCAAUCCGAUACCGAAUAAUACUGGGGAUUGCUAAGGGUCUACAUUACCUUCACAAAUGCUGCAAGCAUCGGAUAAUUCAUCGCGAUAUUAAAGCGUCCAACGUUCUUCUCGGUCCGGAUUACGAGCCGCAGAUAUCGGAUUUCGGUCUAGCGAAAUGGCUGCCGAGCAAAUGGAGUCACCAUGCGGUGGUUUCGAUCGAGGGUACUUUCGGGUAUUUAGCUCCCGAGUAUUUUAUGCAUGGAAUUGUUGAUGAGAAAACAGAUGUUUUUGCAUUUGGAAUACUUCUUCUUGAAAUUAUAACUGGACGAAGGCCUAUUGACCCUUUAAGGCAAAAUCUUCUUCUAUGGGCGAGGCCUUUAAUGGAAUCUGGAAAUUUAAGUGAAUUGGUUGAUCCAAGAUUGGGAGGUAGGUAUGACGUGGACCAAUUGUAUAGAGUGGUGCUAACGGCGUCGUAUUGUGUGAGGCAGUCUUCGAUUUGGCGACCCUCUAUGACUGAGGUGUUAAAGAUGGUAACAUACGGUGAAGAUACGGCGGCGGAGGGGGGAAGAGGAAUGAAUAGAAGAAUACCAAAAUUUACAAGCGAUGAAAUGGAUGAUUACUCCAUGGUUUUUGGGUACCAACUUCCAUCUGAUUUUGCUUUGGAUGACAUUUGAAUUUUGAUUCAAGUACAAUUAGGAAUUUUUAUUAUUUUUUUUCAUAUAUAUAUACUAUUAUUUUUCGGUAAAAUAUGAUGAUUUUCGAGUGAGUAUACUUUAAUUUUCUUUAGCUCAUCAUUAUAGAUGAUGAAAUUGGUUUUAUUUUACGUUACGUAGAUUUAUGGAUGAUUACGAAAAUAGAAAAAGAUUCGCAGUGC